GGCGGUGGAGGAGGAGAGGAGUGAGGAGCGGACGAUCAGGGUCUCACCAAGAUGGACGUAACAGGAGUCACGGGAGGAGCGUACGGAGCCGGCAUGGCAGGAGGAGUGUUUGACCCCGUCGGUCUCAUGAAGCAACCUCAGACCAUUAUGAGAGUCGUCAACUGGGUCUUCUCGGUCAUCGUGUUCGGCUGCAUCUCCAACGAGGGCUACGUGAGCACCAACUCGUCGCCCGACCUCUACUGCGUCUUCAACCGCAACGGCAAUGCUUGCCGCUUCGGCAUCGCCAUCGGCGCCAUUGCCUUCCUCGCCAGCUCCGCCCUGCUGCUGCUCGACCUCUACUUCCCGCAGAUCAGCAGCGUCAAGGACCGCCGCAAAGUCGUCAUCUUCGACAUGGCCUUCUCCGCCGCGUGGUCGUUCCUGUGGUUCGUCUGCUUCUGCUUCCUGACCAACCAGUGGCAGAACACCUCGACGGACGUCGCUCCCUCCUACUCUCACGACAGCGCUCGUGCCGCCAUCACCUUCUCCUUCUUCUCCAUCAUCUCCUGGGCCGCGAGCAUCUUCUUCGCCUUCAAGAGGUACAAGCUGGGCGUGGACUCCACCCUCUCCGAGGGCUACGUGGACCCGGCCUUGACCGAGGGGCAGGGCGGCGGCGGCGGUGGUGCCGCGUUUGGCAACGAGGGCCCUCAACCCGGCACCGGCGGAGACUUCUAUCAGCGCUCGCCCUCCUUCCCAGACGGCCACGGCAUCGACCAGACCGCCGAUGGGUACCAGACCCAGUACUAACCCCCCCCCGCCUCCCUUCCUGGUACCACGAGGGAGACCAACCGUGCCGUGUUGAAAGGAAGGUGCGAUCCCCCUGAGCAAAAAGAGCUCUUAUCUUGUAGGUGCACGCUCGUGUGCACACGCAGGCUGUGUGUGUGUUUGGGGCUGUCCUGGCAAUGGUUUGAAAACAAUCGUUCGUGUGAUUCAAAAGGUAUCGCACCUAGGAUACGGAGCAAGAGCAGACACACCGAGAAAAUAUUUCCAAUCUGAUCAGUGUGUUCAUUAAUUGACAUGUGCUUUAUUGCCGAAGUAGGAACGUUAAAUGGGGGGGGGGAAUAAACAUAAAUUGAUGAGUUUCAAGUUGUGGCUGUGUAGGCGAUUAUAGCACUCUGGCAUUGUCGAUGCAUUGCCGUGAUGGGGAUUUUAUCAUCACUGGGAGGAAAGAAGGACGUGGUCACUUUGGCAAAACGGCUCAUCUUGAGGAAAUACCGUGUAUAACUUCACAUCACGUAAAGCGCACCAAGUAACUUUCCUGAUGUGGAGCAUGACACAUGCAACGCGAGAUUAAGUUAAGCGAUUCAGAUUAUAAUGAUGUUCUAAGGAUGGCAAGGAAGAAAAAUUUGGCACAAAUGAAGUUACAAUCCAAAGAUUUAAAAUGACAGAUGUUGAUCAGUUUCACUUACAGGGCAGGGCCAUCCAAAAGUUUAAGUCACCUCCGGUGGGAAUAAGACACUAAAGCCAAUUUAAAGUACUCCUAGUUCUUUCGGUAAAGUCACGUAGGUAAAAAUGAAAUUAAAAUUAAUAACAACUAAAAAUAAAAUAAUAAAAUCACAAAAGAACUAAGAGUAUGAAUCUUUGCAGUCACGAAAGCUUCAAAUCUAGAAUCAAUUUAAAGUAGGCAACGCUUGCUACUAGUUACUGACAGAUUACAUAAACCAAAUGUUAGCGUUACGCGUUGUUUUACACGGAAUGGAAAUAAUGGCUCAGUGGGUUUACCAGAGUGCCCAUGGAGACAUUCUCGUCUCUGCUUUCUCCUUGACAAACCUUUAAACUUGUGUUGGACAGUCCGGAACACACAGCCGAUGUACUUGCAAGAUAAAAUAUAUUUGCCCGUUGUUGUGCAUCUUCCUUUAAACGAGAUAUCUAACUUGUUGAAUUAAAGUGGGUGUUUCACAUGGGCACAGGUCAGAUAUGUCACUUGCCCAGUGGUACCGCCAGUGUUGGCACAAUUUGGUUUACAUGAUCAAUGCAAGUGAAUUAUGUGACAACCUUUUCACGCUGAGUGGGUUAUUAAAAUUAUAUUUUAUUUUGCGUAAAAAUAAAGUCCAAAACUAUCCUCCAAAGUAGCAUUGAAGGAACUAGAAAUAGGAGGCAGCCAAGAAAGAAUUGGGAUUGAGAAUGUGGCAGGCUGGAAGGGGGUUAAACCACAAGCAGCAAGGUGCCAACAUGGUGUCCCGAUUACAGUAAUACCCCGCAAUACGUCGGGGAUGCGUUCCUGAAAUGUGUGACGACGUAUAUCGAAACGACCUCAAUCAAAGCGAGUUACCGGGUAGGUGGAGGCGAAGGCUGAGGCGACGGAUACGAAAAAGUAUGGAUAAUGCGACGCAAAAUUGGGUUGCGGUGUUUAUAAAGUGAUUACGUAUUUCGGGGUAUUAUUGUACAUCAUCGUUAGGUCGGUCAUGAGAAACUGAUAGAUACAAAAAAAAUGCCACUCAAAUUGUGCCACCAAAAGUCGUACCAUUAUACGCUAUGGCCCAUAGAGUUUUGGGGCAGUUCACCCCUCCAGCCCUGAGUUUCCAAGUGAUCAUCGUUCCGUGUAUUUUAUUAUAUUUCACUCUCAAACUCUACGAAAUAAUUCAGUGUUGAGGGUCAUUCUUCCUUUGUGGGAUUGCUCCAGGCACUCCAGUUUCCACUCAUUUUUUAUUUUGUCCAAAAAAUGUCCCAACUCGGCAACACUUUCCGAGAUAAUAAUUAGGUUUACAUUUCGAUUUAAAGCUUUCGUGACUGCAGGGAUUCAUCUCCUUGGUUCUUUCGGUAAAGUCACGUAGAAAGGAAAUAAUAAAAUAAUAAAAAUAAAACAUAAUAAAAUAAUUCUCACGACGAAUGACGCUGUCUCCCCGACAGACCUGGUCUUCACCUGAGGACGGCUGCUUGCGUUGUGGCCGAAACGUUGUGAGAAUUAUUUUCUUAUGUUUUAUUUUUAUUAUUUUAUUAUUUCCCUUCUACGUGACUUUACCGAAAGAACCAAGAAGAAUAAUUAGGUUUGUUAACUGUUAUUAUUCUAGACUCCAAGGAGCAGUAGGGUUGAUUGACAAGGCCCCUACGUUUCAGACCUUGCAUCUAGUUUUCAAAAUCAGUUGGUGAGUUCAUGCCCCGAGCUGUAUAAAACCAAAGCAGCCAACAACUAAGAGCGCUGAUGAUCAACACAGGAGAUGACAACAUACACGUUUCUCAAGUCGAGCAAGGUCAUAGGAACUUGGAAAAAUCCUCGAUGUUGAUGGAAGAGUUUCAAAUGUUAAGCAGUGCGUGGAACAAUAAGAGUUAGAUACAUGCUGAGUACCCGAAUAGUGUCGUCAAACACCAUAUAAAACGAUCAAUUACAUAUGAUACAUUAUUUGAAAAUUAUCGUUUUCAUUUUUUUUAACAGGUUUAUGUUACUUGUUAAUUUGUGUAGCCCAACAUCGCUCGACUCUUUAAGAUCUUUUUAAAUCUCAGCUUUGCUGUGCACCAGCGUGAGAUUAUUAUGUAAUUAACAUUAAUCGUAAAUUAUUCGCACGCACCUUUGUGUAGAUAUCUUUAAAUCACGGAACGAUGGGCCUGGAGUUUGAGAACUGCUCUGGUGGUAUUGCGGGUAUCGUACAAGGUGCAUCCACGAUGGCCAGAGAAUGAGUGAAUGCCUGUAAAUCAGGCUCGGAGCGGGUGUGUGUGAUCGUCAUUGUUGUUGGUGUUAUUUGUGGCCAUUGAUUUUAGUUUUUGUACAUUAAGUUAGUAUAUCAAUAAGUCACGUGUGGUCGGGUAAAAGAUGGGUAACGCCCACCUCUUCCUUGAUGUCUGACCAGCAUGGAAGUGGAGGCAAAACAUAAACCUCUACCAGGCGCUCUGUGGAGCUCCCUCGAGUGAAGGUCCUUCCGACAGCAGUGGCGUGAGCCAGUCAUUGCAGGGCUGCGCCUUCGCCUGGAACAUUAAGACUUGAUUUUCCUGAGUGCAUUCGCUCGCCCGUCCGUUAUUAAAUUAGCAAAGGGGACGACCUUCACGUAUACUAGCGAAGUCGACGCGCAUUACCCUGCUCUGCAUAUACAGCGCUGUGUGCCACGCAUCACUUACUUACGGACCUGCCUAAGGUCGCGUCUGCCGUUCCCGGGUCCCUGAUGUAUGGAGGCGGCCGCCUCUGUUAUCUAUUGCCCAGAUAAACACACGGGCCAUCUGUGCCCAAUUUCAAUGAGCGUGGUUAAUGGGAUACACACACGCGCGCACAGAGAGCAGCUGCUGACUGGCUGCACUUAAUAAAUUGAAUGUUCCGCGCGCUGUAACUAUACUGCGUCCAUGCCUGUAUAUGAUCGUCUCGUCGAGCAACCUAUUUCAUCGACAUAUAUCGUACAUUUUUUCCUAAAAAUUAAAAGCUGGCGACGCUUAAAAUCGGAAUUUUAUCGCGAGUCAGGCGGCCCUCUCCACGAAUUGAACGAAUUUGCGCCACACAUUCACGGGACACACUUGUGCCCGGAUAUGGAUCCGUGUGUGGCCAAAAAAGUCAAUCGCCCGUCACAAUUUUUGUUUAAAGAAUAUAUCGACUUUUCUUGGCAACACUUGAAAUGUUCUGAUGAGUUCUAGAUUUGAAGCUUUCGUGACUGCAAAGGAUUCAUAUUCUUGGGUUUUUUCGGUAAAGUCACGUAGGUAAAAAUUUUAAAUUAAAAUUAAUAAAGUAAAAUAAAAAUAAAAUAAAAAUCACGACGUUUCGGAGGCAACACAAGCUUCCGUCUUCAGGUGGAACCGUCACAGCACGAUAGCUGUAAUUUUUUUACCUACGUGACUUUACCGAAAAAAAACCUAAGAAUAGUUCUGAUGAGUGGUCGCUCGCUUCGUGAUGCAAUCCCAUUCGCCCUUAACAGGGUCUUGUAUACUUACGAAGACCCCCCAUAUACCCUUUAACACUGUUGGAGCGAGUGCUAUUGGCGAGCACCUAUGAAGACCGACAUGAUGCACACGGGGGGUGGUGUGGCCAGAACCACGCCCAGCCGCCUUCGAUCUUCCAUGCUGCUGAUGGAAGCGGCAAUGAAAGAACUAAUUGAGGUUCCCUUCAGUUACCUCUUAUCCACACUCUGGGCACACACUUGCUAUGCCUUGCCAACAGUGCUCAUGAAACAUUCAAGUGCGUUUCUGUCAUUAUUUGAAUUUUUCUGGAAUAAGUGACAAAUCAAAUUUAAACACGAUGACUUCUCAUGCCCUGCUCUCGGAGGUGUUUGCCUGAUGCGAAAUCAAGAUGGAAUAUUCGCUAUUAAGUGAACGCCACAUUUAAUGUUCGUUUUUAUCGUAUAAUCAUUAGUGACCAGGAGAUCGUGUAAACUCACGAGAAUUGAGAACCCCGUUUCUAAAUCACACGUGGCUGGAACUCUUCAUUUCGAACCCCGGUUCUAAGCGGUGCUGGCUCCAUGUCUGACAGUAUUAGCCCUAAUUAGGCUACCCGGUGACCUCGUGGCAGAUUUUAUUUUGACACUUGUGCUUAUUUAUUCUCUAUUAAAAUGCUCGUAUUGUUGUGGCUUUGAAGCAGGCAAAGACUGUACUGUACAGAUAAGUCCCUUUUAACUCGUUCGACUCUGUAGCUUUUGAUUUCAGCAGUAUGUACUGUCAAGUUUACAGAGGUUGGUAUAUGCCUCUGCAUUAGAUGGCUUAUGGACAUGAAACUAGCAUGGAUAUAAUCAGCUUCAUUAUCACUACCAGAGACCAAUCGUGCUUACAUUCAUCACCACUAUUACAAUGGCAUCAGUGGGACUAGCAUUGUUGCAAUCAUUAUUGACCAUCAUGCUUAAAUAAUCACCACCGCUCUCGUCAUUAGAUUGACUAUUAUCAUUAGAAUUUUUCAAAUGCAAUGCAUUUUUCAUGCCAAACAUCGUGCAGCUCAUAAUUGCAACUUUGAUACAAAACCGGGUGGUUCAUUAAAAGCCAGAAGUUUCCUGGAAUGACAGAGUGUACAUGGGGAAAACUGUAUUUAAUUGCAGGGUUUUUUUUAAGUCUUGUAGCUUCACGGUAAUGUUUCGGCUUGCCAGUCAGGCUCGUUGUGUCCGUUACAAAUCGUCUGUUGUAGCAAAGGGGAGGGGAUUUCACUAUAAAAGGUGACCCCCACCCACGUAAAUGGAAUUUUUUUUUAAUACAAAGUAUAAAUAUAUGGAUGUCUACAACUGUAAUAAAGGAAUAAAUAAAACAUCACCAAUGCACACGAAGCACAAAGGCAGGCCGCGUGCAAGUGCUGUACAACUCUUAUCCGUGUUGAUGUGCGGGGUAAACAUCACGGAUCCUAUUAUCUGCGAUAUCUGCGUUCUAUUUACUUUCUGCAGAAAGAAAAAAAGUUAAUUUCAAGAAAUAGGAUGUAUUUGGAAACUAACUCCCUAUUAUCCACUGAACAUUUACAGAUAAGUGGCGCAUUUUGCUGAGGUGCAAGCAAGGAAUAGGGCCAGAGAAGCCCCGUGAACAACUCGCAAAUGAUUCGUGUGGACAUGCCAUGCGACUCAAACCUAUCCAUCAAAAAUGCAGCUAUGAAUGAUCCCGUUUGACGGCAAACCCCACGGACAAUCCAAACAAUAGGGGCACAAAUAACAAAAGCUUUUGUGGACACAAUAGCUCCCACUGAUAACAGGAGUCAUGGGUAAUAGGGUGACGGAUAAGGGUCGUGCUCGUAGGCUGCUGUGUAGAGUAGGCUGAUGUGUGUUUGUCGUUCGCUGUGGACCGUGCUGUGUGGAGGUGUUAAAGGAGAAAAGUAGAAUUUAGAACAAUCCAUUAAAAAAGGCAAAAGAGAUGUAUUGGGAACAUGGUCAGAAAGAACAGCUUCAAAGGAAGGAAGUUUGGGAAGGAGGAUAUUGAGAAGGUCAAGGAGACAAAAGGACGGAUGGUGCUCGACGACUUGAAGCAAGUGAUGAGGGGGUGUACAGUCGAAUGAAUAAAGCUUAAGAUCAAGCAGGAUUGGUCAAGCCAAAGGCCUGUCAUUGGACAGAUGAGUAAAGGAGGAAAUCACAAAACCCCUGACAAUCAUAUGACAUCUGUCUCUCACCCACACUCACCAAGACUCAAAUCGCCGUGUAAAAAAGAAAAAUCCAAAAAUACAAUUUCGACACCUGUAAAGUUUCCCUGAAUGCCCCCUCCCCCAUCCCCUUGCCGUCCGACCAAUUGCCCCUACUUCGCGAGUCACAAGUCACACGGUGGCAAUUCUGCAAGCGGUGGCAGAGAAGAAUUCGAGUAAUUAAUGACCAUGCUUCUGCCACCCCCAAAGUGGCAGCUGGCAAACUUGAGUGAGGAAACGGAUCCCAUGAAAACUAAACUAAAGAAAAAAAUUUUUACCAGGUAAGGCCCACUGAGCUACAUAGCUCUUUUGCAGAAGCGACCUGGCCUUAAAUGAUAGCUCAACGAAAUUGCUUAUGUGGAAAUGUAUAGCAGCCAAAUACUUUCAAAACAUAGCGACAACACAUUACGGUGCUGUUUGAUCAUGAAGAAGGUGUUCAAUCCACGCAUCCAUUCCCUCCCCACCCCCACCGUGGGUUUCAGAGCAAAUUGAACAAUCAAUGUGAACAUUACAAGGUCGUACACACCUCCUGGUGUGGCAGUCGAUACACAAUGGUGAAGUUUCUAUAAAAUCCCUCCACCCAGCAGAAAAGCUGGGUGCACCAAAUCGAUCGCCAGGUCAAAUGAUAGGGUCAAGCGUGGCCAGCUCCCACCUCUUCCCUAGGACAAUCUAGCCAGUGUGGAGAAGUAGGCCAAAUACCAUCUAGGGAGGGGGCUUCCUCGGAGAUCCCUCCAAUGGAGGCCCUUCCACCAACAGUGGAAUGGGCAGAUUGUAGGGCUGCAGCUUGACACGCCAGCCAAAUAAAUAGAACACAUUGCAGCCACGAUCAAUGGCCUCCCAGCCUUACAAUUAAACUAUGAAAAGCCACGCCCCGUUUUAUUGAAUGCGCAUUCAAUUACACGUCAAUAUUCACACAGCGGUCUUCAUUAAGCAGCCAACCUCCUCAAUGUCUUGAGAAUUUACUCGCAAUAUAAAAACUCAUUACACUUUGGGGAGACCGUGUAUAUAAUAUGUACACCGUAUUGACUUAAAGAAUGCCUUCAUAAUUCUUUACUGGCUGGUGACUUGCCGUGAGUAACUGGAGUCUUAAUUUUCUCUGGCUUCCUCCCCACCACCACCGCUCUGGAUAUAUCAACAGCGUCAUCGGCACUGAACCAAUCUCACCCUCUCCCGAGUAUAUUAAACCUCAACAUGUCCCCAUUAUGGUGCUUUCCUCUUUAGCUACAUUAAAUAAAACCACAUGCAAAAUGCGAUGCUCUCUCUGUCCAUUGGGUUUUAGUACAGCAGCCUCUUGGCUUUCCAACCCUAAAUUAUACAUCACCAUUUGUUCAAGUAGGCUGUGGACCAGAUUGAACAUUUUAAUUCACAUCCGAAGUGCUGCUUAUUAAACAAAUUCUGCGGUAUGAACAUGGAAUGUCUCACAACAUUUGUUUAUUUUAGCUGCUUUGUUUAACAAGCCCAACUCUGCUGACAAGACCCAGAUUGCCAAAACCGGUUUAUAAUUUGAUUGUUCCAUUGAUGCAAAUCCACAUUUGAUAUGGGUUUGGAACACCAAUAUGCAGAGGCCCAAACCAUAUCUAGUUUGUUUAUGUGUGUGGCGUUCCACUUGCAAUCGCUUUUACAGAACUACACUACUUUGUCGACUAAGAAAAUCCUUAUUUCUAAUUAACCUGUUCCAAGGUUCUACAAAUUCACUGGAACAGCAGUAACUUUCUUAGUUUCAAACAGCAGUAUACAAGUAUAAGUAUCGAUUGCACCCUUAAAUAUAUGCAUGGCUGAAUUUCUCAAAUAUAUUCCGGGUCAUUGGUAGACUGGAGUAAGUGGCAUGCAACUAGUAGCCACAGCGAGUUGGUGUUUACUAAUGUAGUAUGCCAGACGUGGAAACUGUUUCUCACCAACCCAGACACGGCUAAAAUGAAGCCACGUGUACAAGAAUUGCAGGAAAAGUGUGGUAAUUCUGUAUACCGAGACGUGUCUUUACAAGCGACACGGGAAUUAUUGUAUUUACCCCCCCACCAAGAAAGGCCCAAUCGCUUACAUUUAGGCAACGACUAUUAAUUAUGCAUGUCUUUAAUUUCUGGUAAGCCCUAUGUGCAAUUGAAGAGGAAAUAUGGUCCGUGUCCCGAUUCUAGAGAUCGGGAGCCCCCAGCCUUUUAUUUGCAGGCGGUUAAUCUUAAUUCGGGUCUCGAUGUCAAAUCGUGGGCUGAACUGGGAGAGAGUUGGUGUCUGGUGGUGGGGCAAGUGCUUCCUGUAUGGAACAUGUUUUAAUCCAAUUGUCAAGUCGUGGCAGAUUAAUUUACAGACAGCAUCAGCUGCCAUCUCAUCAAGGGUGUCUACGGAAGAAACGCAUCAGCCAUAUGGUUUGAAUUUGUAAUAUUUUCCAUUUUAAUCCCGAGUGUACGGUCUGUGCCAUGAGCCAAGGAAUUCCAUUCGGGUCUCAGGAGUCGUGGAAUCCUUCAUAUUUAAAAAACCGCCCACAAAUGUAUACCAGUGCUGCUUAUGAAAAUACUGCAAGUGACCUCCUGCCAUAGUCGAGGGCAGCACUCUCUAACCAGUUCUGCAUUCCGAGUCGCGUUUGCCUCACAAUGGUCAAGCCAAAUGUUCACUUGGAACUGGAACCUAACCAAAAUCAAGGGCAGAUCAAGUUUAAGGUGAUGGUUUGUGCCGUCAUCUGCUGCCGAUGUUGAGAGCAUCGGCUCACGCAACCGAGCACCCAGUUUAAAGUGCAGCCACGGCUAUAUUACACAGUGAAAGGAUUUUAAAAUGCCACUAUAGUAAUUUACCUUGUAUUUUUUGUUCUUGAUUCAUCAGCACAAUUUGGUUAUGGGUUUCCGGCUUGAUGGCAAGUAAAAAAAAUACCGCAUAGACCUAAUUUGCGGCCUUUGCAUUCAAUUCGUUUCUCACAAAGCGGUGGAUUUGGCAAUCGGCGAGGCCACAAUGAUUAAUAUUCGAUUCUGGGCGAAGAGAGGCAUUCAUCUAGGCUGCUAUAGCCUAUGGGAAGUGCAGCCGAGCAUCACCUGGCAUUGAGAGGCGUUGGGUACAAUGGAAUAGUUCUACAGCAGCCAUCGCGAACCUGGAUGUACAAAAUAAAUGACAUGUGCGUUUCGUUGGUAUUGUGCAAAUGAAUGCAAACAUGGUGUAUACGAUGCAAAAUAAAAAGAUAAACAAU